AUGAUGAAAUUUACUAAGCAGAAUUUUAUUUUUUUAGUUGGUGGAAUUAUAAUUUAUGUAGUUGACAUUGGAGUAGACUUCUGGGUAGCUAGUAAAUAUUUUUGUCAAGGACAAUAUUCUUGGAGUAUAUUGAUACUGUGUUUUAGAGGUCUUUCAUCACUAAUAACUCAGAUAUUCAGUUAUGAGUGGUUUAAAAAUGACUGGGAAGGUACUGAUACUGGGAAGCCAAAAUGGAUUUUUCUAGUUCAUCUCUUGCAGUGUGGAAUUUUUAUAAGGUAUUGGUUUGCUUUGAAGUACGGCUGCCAAGCUGCAUUUAAACAAAACAGUGGAGAUGCACCAGAAACGGACCCUCCCAACUUCAUUCAAAAACAAGCUGUUGAUGUAGUGACUGAUAUUAAUAUGCUCAGGGUGUUCAAGACUUUUCUUGAGACCACACCACAGCUUUUUAUCCAGCUUUACAUCCUCAUGGAACAUGGCAAAAAUAAUUUCUGUCAAUAUGCUGCCAUUAUUAUAUCUUUUUGUGGUAUCUCCAUUUCAAUGGUUGAUUAUCAGAUAUCACUACGAAAAUCUCUGCCUGAUAAAGAGGAAUUUCGUGUGCUUCCCAAGUUAGUGUAUCUCUUCUAUAAACUGCUUACUAUCACUUCUUGGAUAUUCAGUAUUUCACUGAUCACUCUACUGAGUGUUAGAAGUUCUGGAAUGCUGCUGAUAUUUCUUUGGACCUGUGGCUUCACCUGGACUUUGAAACAACAUACAAUAUUUUGCAAAUCUAAGAAGAUGGAAUAUCUGUACAGAACUGUUGUUGGAAUAAUUCUAAUUUUUACCUUUUUUAACAUAAAGGGGAGAAAAACAAAACUUUGCAUUUCUAUUUAUUAUGCUACUCACACUGUUGUGACACUAGGUAUUUUGUUUGUAUAUAUGUUUUGGAAACCUUCUAUUAUCAUGGAAAUACAUUUUACAAUUGUGAGCAUCUUAACUAUUCUUAGUCUGGUGUUAGGUAUCAUUUUUCUUGUUGUUUAUUAUAGGUUUUUUCAUCCCACUGCAUAUUGCAGACCACAGGCACAUUCAGAUGAAGUUGAUGGAGCAGCAGGACAAAAAGAUAGAGUGGAAAGUGGUAGAUUUCAAAAUUUCUUAAUGCAAUGA